AUGGACUCAGGACCAUUUCUUGAUAUAAUUCCAAUUUUACUGAGCUAUUUAGACUUGCGAAGUCUUGUUCAUUUAGCACAAACAUGUCGUUUUUGGAGAGAACGUAUUUAUAACGAUUUGAAAUUAUGGCCCAAUGUGAUUGAAUUACCAUACAUUGGUCACAUGCGUGAUUAUAGUUCAAGACGUCAUGAUCCGGAAAAUGUUAUUAAGGUGAAAUUAUGGUCAAUGAUUUUACCACCAGAUGAUCUGAAAGCUUUGGAAAAUGUUUUAGAAAAAAUGGCAUCAUCAGAUGAAAGUGUGCAACGAUUUCAAUUAGUAGAAAAAGUAUGA